CGGCUGGUGUACUCCAUGGACGCGCUGAUGAACAGCCGCUCGCGGGAUCUGUUCAGCAUCGACCCGCGGGCAGGGCUCAUCUCCACCACCCAGCCCCUGGACCGCGAGAGCAUGGACCUGCACUACUUCCGAGUGACGGCCACUGACCACGGGGCGCCGCGGCUCUCCGCCACCACCAUGGUGGCCAUCACUGUGGCUGACCGCAACGACCACGACCCCGUCUUCGAGCAGGGCGAGUACCGGGAGACCAUCCGGGAGAACGUUGAGGAGGGAUACCCCAUUCUGCAGCUGCGGGCUACCGAUGUCGACUCCCUGCCCAAUGCCAACAUCCGCUACCGCUUCAUCAAUGAACGGGCUGCCUACGAUGUCUUUGAGAUUGAUGCCCGCUCUGGCCUCAUCACCACCAGCGGGCCAGUGGACAGGGAGAAGAUGGAGAAGUAUUCCCUGGUGGUGGAAGCCAGCGACCAGGGAAGGGAGCCAGGGCCACGCUCCGCCACUGUCAAGGUCUACAUCACGGUCCUUGAUGAGAAUGACAACAUCCCUCAGUUCAGUGAGAAGCGCUACAUUGUCCAAGUGAGGGAAGACAUACGGCCCCACACCGAGAUCCUGCGCGUCACCGCCACGGACCUGGACAAGGAUAACAAUGCGCUGGUGCACUACAACAUCAUCAGUGGGAACAGUCGGGGCCAAUUCUCCAUUGACAGUGUCACCGGGGAAGUACAGGUGGUGGCCCCCCUGGAUUUUGAGGUGGAGCGGGAGUACGCCCUGAGGAUCCGGGCUCAGGAUGCGGGGCGUCCUCCUCUUUCUAACAACACUGGCAUGGUGAGCAUCCAGGUGGUGGACAUCAAUGACCAUGCCCCCAUUUUUGUCAGCACUCCUUUUCAAAUCUCCGUCCUGGAGAAUGCUCCUCUUGGCCAUUCUGUCAUCCACAUCCAGGCCGUGGAUGCAGACCAUGGUGAGAACUCACGCCUGGAGUACAAACUGACAGGGGUCUCGGCUGACACACCCUUUGUGGUGAACAGUGCCACAGGGUGGAUCACAGUCAGCGGACCCUUGGACCGGGAAUCGGUCGAGCACUAUUUUUUUGGGGUAGAGGCUCGUGACCAUGGCUCUCCAUCUUUAUCCGCCUCGGCCAGCGUCACCGUUACUGUCAUGGAUGUCAACGACAACCGUCCUGAGUUCACUCAGAAGGAAUACUUCAUCCGCCUGAACGAGGAUGCAGCUGUGGGGACCAGCGUCCUCAGCGUCACGGCAGUCGACCGGGAUGUGAAUAGUGCCAUCACAUACCAGAUCACAGGAGGCAACACACGGAACCGCUUCUCCAUCAGCACGCAAGGUGGGCUGGGGCUCAUCACUCUGUCUCUGCCACUGGACUACAAGCAGGAGAGGCGCUACGUGCUCACCGUGACAGCCUCUGAUCGCACCCUGCGUGACAACUGCCACGUUCACAUCAACAUCACCGAUGCCAACACGCACCGGCCUGUGUUCCAGAGUGCCCACUACUCCGUGAGCAUCAACGAGGACCGGCCUGUGGGCAGCACUGUGGUGGUGAUAAGUGCCACGGACGAUGAUGUGGGGGAAAAUGCCCGCAUCACGUACUACCUGGAAGACAGUGUCCCUCAGUUUCGUAUUGAUCCAGACUCUGGGGCCAUCACUCUCCAGGCAGAACUGGACUAUGAGGACCAGGUCACGUACACGUUGGCUAUCACUGCCAAGGACAAUGGGAUCCCCCAGAAAGCAGACACCACAUAUGUUGAAAUCAUGGUGAAUGAUGUUAAUGACAAUGCCCCCCAGUUUGUCAGCCCUCAUUACCAGGGCAUGAUCUCUGAGGACGCACCUCCCUUCACCAGUGUGCUCCAGAUCUCUGCCACCGACCGGGAUGCCCACACCAACGGGCGAGUGCAGUACACUUUCCAGAACGGGGAGGAUGGGGAUGGAGACUUCACCAUAGAGCCCACCUCGGGCAUCAUUCGCACGGUGCGCAGGCUGGACCGCGAGAAUGUUCCCGUCUAUGAACUGACUGCCUACGCUGUGGACAGGGGCAUCCCUCCUCAGCGAACUCCUGUCCACAUCCAGGUUACUGUUCAGGAUGUGAAUGACAAUGCCCCCGUCUUUCCUGCUGAGGAGUUUGAGGUCUUGGUUAAGGAGAACAGCAUUGUAGGCUCUGUGGUGGCCCAAAUCACAGCUGUUGACCCGGAUGAGGGACCCAAUGCCCAGAUCAUGUACCAAAUUGUGGAAGGCAACAUCCCUGAGAUAUUCCAGAUGGACAUCUUUUCUGGGGAGCUCACAGCCUUGAUCGACUUGGAUUAUGAGACAAAACCCGAAUAUGUGAUUGUAGUGCAGGCCACCUCUGCCCCUCUGGUCAGCAGAGCUACAGUCCACAUCAAACUCAUUGACCAGAAUGACAACAGCCCUGUGCUGAAGAACUUCCAAAUCCUGUUCAAUAACUACGUUUCCAAUAAGUCCAACACCUUCCCCUCGGGGGUCAUAGGGAAGGUCCCAGCAUAUGACCCAGAUGCAUCUGACCACCUCUUCUACACCUUUGAGCGGGGAAAUGAACUACACUUGUUGAUUGUAAAUCAAUCGAGUGGGGAGCUGAGACUGAGCCGUAAGCUGGACAACAACCGUCCUCUUGUGGCCUCCAUGCUGGUGACUGUCUCAGACGGGAUCCACAGCGUGACAGCUCAGUGUGUUCUGCGUGUGAUCAUCAUCACGGAGGACAUGCUGGCCAACAGCAUCACGGUGCGCCUGGAGAACAUGUGGCAGGAGCGCUUCCUCUCCCCGCUGCUGUUCUCCUUUCUGGAAGGAGUGGCCACUGUUCUUGCAACGCCCAAGGAGGACAUCUUCAUCUUCAACAUCCAGAAUGACACGGACGUGGGUGGCACGGUCCUCAACGUCAGUUUCUCGGCUCUAGCACCGUGGGGCAGGCGCUACUUCAGCUCGGAGGAGCUGCAGGAGCAGCUGUACAUGAAGCGCAUGGUGCUAACAGGCACCUCCAUGCUGGAGGUGCUGCCCUUCGAUGACAACGUGUGCCUGCGGGAGCCCUGCCAGAACUACAUGAAGUGCAUCUCCGUCCUCAAGUUCGAUAGCUCCGCCCCAUUCAUCGCCUCUCACUCCACCCUCUUUCGGCCCAUCCACCCUAUCGCCGGCCUUCGGUGCCGCUGUCCCCAGGGCUUCACCGGGGACUACUGCGAAACGGAGAUCAACCUGUGCUACUCCAACCCCUGCCUCAACGGGGGGAUCUGCACCCGCAAGGAGGGGGGAUACACCUGUGUCUGCCGGCAGCACUUCAGCGGGGAGAACUGUGAAGUGGACAGCCGGGCGGGGCGGUGCGUGCCCGGCGUGUGCCGCAACGGUGGCACCUGCACCAACAGCGCUGACGGCGGCUUCCGCUGCCAGUGCCCAGCAGGCGGCUUCGAGGCGCCCUUCUGCGAGGUGUCCACACGCUCCUUCCCACCACGGUCCUUCAUCAUGUUCCGGGGCCUGCGCCAGCGCUUCCACCUCACCCUCGCCCUCUCGUUCAGCACUGUGGAGCCCAGCGGCCUCCUGCUCUACAAUGGGCGUUUGAAUGAGAGGCACGACUUCCUGGCAGUGGAGAUCAUCCAGGGGCAGGUCCAGCUGAAAUACUCCACAGGAGAGUCCAGCACGGUAGUGAGCCCCUACCUGCCAGGGGGUGUGAGUGAUGGGCAGUGGCAUACGCUGCAGCUUCGCUACUACAACAAGCCCAAGGUCAGCACCCUGGGGGUGGUGCAGGGCCCCUCCAAGGACAAGGUGGCCAUCCUGACAAUAGAUGAAUGUGAUGCUUCAGUGGCCCUGCAGUUCGGCAGUGAGAUUGGAAACUACUCCUGUGCUGCAGAAGGUGUGCAGACCAGCUCGAAAAAGUCCCUGGACCUCACAGGUCCCUUGCUCCUUGGAGGGGUCCCUAACCUGCCAGAAAACUUCCCCAUCACUCACCGGGACUUUGUGGGAUGCAUGAGAGACCUAUUCAUCGAUAACAAACGCAUCGACCUGGCCUCCUACAUUGCCAACAACGGAACUGCUGCAGGUUGUCAUGCCAAGCACACGUUCUGCGACUCCAGCCCCUGCAAGAAUGGCGGCACCUGCUCUGUCAGCUGGGGGACCUACUCCUGCCUCUGUCCUGUUGGCUUUGGGGGCAAAGACUGCCGCCAUGCCAUGCACCAUGCCCACUAUUUUCAGGGCAACAGUGUCCUGACCUGGGACUUCAAGGCAGAUGUGAAGAUCUCGGUGCCAUGGUACCUGGGGCUGGCGUUUCGGACACGCCAGCAGGAUGGGGUGCUUCUGCAGGCCCAUGCAGGCCAGUACACCACCCUGCUCUGCCAGCUGGCUGGGGGCCUGCUCUCCUUCAUGGUGAGCAGGGGGUCAGGGCGCAGCACCAGCCUCCUCCUGGACCAGCUGCAGCUCAGUGAUGGGAAAUGGCAUGACCUCCAGCUGGAGCUGCGGGAUGUCCACAGUGGGCGAGACUCACGCUACGUCAUCACCCUUACCCUGGACUUUGGGCUCUACCAGGACACACUCGUUGUGGGAAAUGAGCUGCAUGGCCUGAAGGUGAAACACCUGCAUGUGGGGGGAGUCCUGGGCUCUGGUGAGGUGCAGAAUGGCCUGAGGGGCUGCAUACAGGGGGUGCGACUGGGUGACAGCGUCACCGGGAUCGUGCUGCCCAAGCCUAACCAUGCCCUGCGGGUGGAGGCUGGCUGCAGUGUACCAAGCCCCUGUGACUCCAACCCCUGCCCAGCCAACAGCGUCUGCAAGGAUGAGUGGCAGAGCUACUCCUGUGUCUGCCAGCCAGGGUACUACGGAGGGGACUGUGUGGAUGUGUGUCAUCUCAACCCCUGCAAGAACAAGUCGGUGUGCCGCCGCAAGCCAGGCUCACGCCUGGGCUACGUGUGCGAGUGCACUGGGAACUUCUUUGGGCAGUACUGCGAGCAUAGGAUAGACCAGCAGUGUCCGAAGGGCUGGUGGGGAAACCCCACCUGUGGGCCCUGUAACUGUGAUGUGAACAAGGGCUUUGACCCCGACUGCAAUAAAACCAACGGGCAGUGCCACUGCAAGGACUUCCACUACCGGCCCAGAGGCAGUGACACCUGCCUGCCCUGUGACUGCUACCCAGUGGGCUCCACCUCGCGCUCCUGUGACAGGGAGACCGGCCGGUGCCACUGCCGGCCUGGGGUCAUUGGCCGCCAAUGCAACAGCUGUGACAGCCCUUUUGCUGAGGUGACGCCCAGUGGCUGCGAGGUGCUCUAUGAUGGCUGCCCCAAAAGCCUGAAGGCAGGUGUGUGGUGGCCCCAGACCAAGUUUGGCUUCUCGGCUGCAGUGCUGUGUCCCAAAGGCUCCUUGGGUGCAGCCAUCAGACACUGUGAUGAGGAGAAGGGCUGGCUGGAACCAGAUCUCUUCAACUGCACUUCACCUGCCUUCAAGGAGCUGUCCGUGCUGCUAGAGGGCUUGGAGAGGAACAAGACUGAGCUCAACACAAUUGAAGCCAAGAAGCUGGCGCACCGGCUGCGGGCUGUGACAGACCACAUGGAGCACUACUUUGGCAAUGACGUGCACAUUGCUUUCCGCCUGCUGUCCCACCUCAUGGCCUUCGAGAGCCAGCAGCGUGGCUUUGGCCUGACAGCUACACAGGAUGCCCACUUCAAUGAGAACCUGCUGCGAGCAGGCAGCUCUGUGCUGGCACCUGAGAACCGGGAGCACUGGGCCAUGCUGCCACAUGGGGAGCACGGCAGCGCCAGCCUCAUGGAGCAGCUGCGGGACUACUCGGGCACAUUGGCCAGCAACAUGAAGCUCACCUACCUCAACCCUGUCGGUGUUGUCACCCCCAACAUCAUGCUGAGCAUCGAUCGCAUGGAGAACCACUCCCACAUCCGCCGGCGCUACCCUCGCUACCACAGCAGCCUCUUCCGGGGCCAGCCCGCCUGGGAUCCCCACACCCAUGUUGUGCUGCCACUGUCAGUGCUGAGCCCUCCGAAAGCUGAAGCAGUGCCCACGCUGGCUGGGGAUGAAGGGAACUACACUAUGGAGAGCUCCUCCCCGAGGCAGGCGCUGCCAGAGCCUGAGCCCACUCUUACUGUGGUCAUCCUCAUCAUGUACCGCACCCUUGGGGGGCUGCUGCCUGCACGCUACCAAGUGGAUCGCCGCAGUGUCAGGCUCCCCAAGAAUCCUGUGAUGAACUCCCCCAUUGUGAGUGUGUCUGUGUUCAGCAAUCACACAUUCCUGCAAGGACCCCUGGACACUCCUCUUGUGCUGGAAUUUUACCUGCUGGAGACAGCCAACAGGAGCAAACCACUCUGUGUCCAGUGGAACCACUCCAACCCCCCUGGAAUGACCAACCCCUCUGGCUUCUGGACAGCCAGGGACUGCGAGCUCGUGUACCGAAACACCACCCAUGUUCACUGCCAGUGCUCCCAGUUUGGCACCUUUGGGGUUUUGAUGGACAGCUCACACCGAGAGCAACUGGAGGGUGAUCUGGAGACAUUGGCAAUUGUCACCUAUUCCUUGGUGUCUCUCUCCUUGGUGUCUCUGCUGCUGACCUUCUCCUUUCUGACCUGCCUCAAAGGCCUCAAGUCCAACACACGUGGCAUCCACUCCAACAUAUCAGUCACCCUCUUCUUCUCUGAGCUGCUCUUUCUCCUGGGUAUCAACCGCACUGAGAACCAGUUUCUGUGCACUGUGAUUGCCAUCCUCCUCCACUGCUUCUUCCUCUCCACCUUUGCCUGGCUCUUCGUCCAGGGCCUCCACAUCUACCGCAUGCAGACUGAAGCCCGCAACAUCAACUUCGGGGCCAUGCGCUUCUACUAUGCCAUCGGCUGGGGAGUGCCUGCCAUCAUCACUGGGCUGGCCGUUGGCCUGGAUCCUGAGGGCUACGGGAACCCCGACUUCUGCUGGAUUUCCAUUCAUGAUAAGCUGGUCUGGAGCUUUGCAGGCCCCAUUACUGUCGUCAUUGUGAUGAAUGGGGUCAUGUUCCUGCUUGUGGCCAAGAUGUCCUGUUCCCCAGGCCAAAAGGAGACCAAGAAGAAAUCAGUUCUCAUGACGUUACGGAGCUCCUUUGUUCUGCUUCUAGUAAUUAGCACAACCUGGCUCUUUGGCCUCUUGGCUGUCAACAACAGCGUCCUGGCUUUCCACUACUUCUACACUGUCCUCUGCAGCCUCCAGGGCCUGGCAGUGCUGGUCCUGUUCUGUGUACUGAAUGAGGAAGUGUGGGAGGCAUGGAAGCUGGCCUGCCUCAGCAAGAAGGGGCAGAGCGAGGAGGCCACGAGGAGCACACAGGGCCCCAAUGCCUACAACAACACAGCACUGUUUGAGGAGAGUGGGCUCAUCCGCAUCACCUUGGGGGCCUCCACAGUGUCCUCGGUGAGCAGCGUGCGCUCUGCCCGCACCCACUCCAGCCAGCGAGCUUACCUCAGAGACAACGUGGCAGCACGUCAGGGCUCAGCCCUGGAUCACAGCCUGUUGGCUCACGCCGGCCCCACGGACAUCGACAUGGCAAUGUUCCACCGUGAUGCUGGGGGAGACCAGGACUCGGACUCGGACAGUGACCUGUCUCUGGAUGAAGAGCGCAGCCUCUCCAUCCCCUCCUCAGAGAGCGAGGAGAACGUGCGCCUGCGGGGCCGCUUCCAGCGCCAGCUCAAGCGGGCAGCACACAGCGAGCGCCUCCUCACUAACCCUGCCAACACCACUCCCAAAGAUGUGGAUGGCAAUGACCUCAUGUCAUACUGGCCAGCUCUGGGCGAGUGUGAGGUUCACCCCUGCUCCCUGCAGAAGUGGGGCUCUGAGCGGAAGCUGGGAUUUGACGUCAGUAAGGAUGCAGCCAACAAUAAUCAGCCAGACCUGGCUUUGACCAGUGGGGAUGAGAACUCCCUCACCCAGACCCAACGGCAGAGAAAAGGGAUUUUGAAGAACCGCCUCCAGUACCCUCCAACUCUCCAGGGCUUGCCAUCCGUUGGCAGGAUGACCAAUGAGCUGACGUGGUACAAGACGUCCACUCUGGGUCACAGGGCUGUCCCUGCUGCCUCCUAUGGCAGGAUCUACUCUGGGGCUGGCAGUCUGUCGCAGCCAGCCAGCCGGUACUCAUCCCGGGAGCAGCUUGACAUGCUGAUGAGGAGACAGAUGUCCCGCGAGCAGCUGAGCAGGCACAAUUCAGGAGAAUGCUUGGAAGUUGUUCCCAGUCUGCAUGGUCAGAGAGAUCAUGGGAACACGCUGCCCCGGAGGCAGGGCUCCAGAGACUGCCUUGACACGUUACCCUGCAGAUUUGGAUCAAGAGAGCAGCUGGACUGUGGGCCAGUAAGAGAAGUCUCUAGAGAGUGGCUAAACACAUUGCCAAGUAGGCAAGUAUCCAGAGACCGAAUAGACAUGUUGCCAAGUCGAGAUGCUUCUCGAGAGCAAUUGGAUUUGCUUUCUAGAAAACAGCCUUCAAGGGACCUGCUAGCAUCCGCUAGACAAGCUUCAAGGGAGCAGCUGGACUUUUUGUCCAGAAGAUCUAAUUCCAGAGAGCCUCUGGACACGGUGCCUAGCAGGCAGCCCUCGCAGGACAGCCUGGGGAGUCUCUCUCGGAGGCAGCUAUCUAGGGAAAGCCUAGAACCGCUGUCAAGGAGACAGCCUUCUAGGGAGAACCUGGAGGCCAUUCCCAGCCAACAUCCUUCCACUGAACAGUUAGAUAUCCUUUCUUCCAUCCUUGCUUCUUUUAACUCUUCUGUCCUGUCCUCGGUGCAAUCUUCCAGCACACCUUCAGGCCCCCAGACCACCGCCACCCCCUCUGCCAUGCAGACCUCAACGCCCUCUGCAGUGUGUCCCUCAACACCUCACUCUGCCACCUCCCACAGCAUUUCAGAGCUGUCACCAGACUCAGAACUCAUGAGAAACGAUGGCCAUUCCUGAGGAGCCGAAACUGAUCCCAAGAGAGAUGGAAGAAGCAGGGCCCUUCACCAGGCACUGCCAGCUGAGGUUUGGUAUCCCCAUGGAGCAGGGGCCAGAACUGAUGGUUAUCAGAGGCCCAGAGCCAACCGUGCUUUCCCCUGCCCUGUGGGCUAAGGGGCCAGCAGCCCACACUACCCACUGCCAGGAGCCUCCAGGCUCCCUGCUGCCAGCAUGCUCUCCAUCACCUGCCUGGUGUGACAGGUAGUAUUGGGCGAGGGUGACAUCUCUGAUCCCCUGGGGCCAAGCUCUUUCUCUGCGAGCUGUUUGUGUGUGAG